AUGCAAAAAGCGCAACGCUUUUGGUACUGUACCGAAUGCACCCGGUUGGGUUUGUCCGACAGUCGUCGUCGCUUCGGUCCCUUGCGAUGGCCGGUCACAAAUCCAUCGAUUUUUUCUUCCUGGUCGGAGGGGAUUCCGUUGCACGGAGCUCCGAGCCCGAAUUUCAACAUUUCUUCCGCUUUUCAACGCACAGAUCGUUCGUUAUGCCCGCAACAUUAUUGUUGGAAUAAAUCAACUAAAACAAACGGGAGUGUCUAUCUAAAUCCGUACAAUUGUGAGCGACAACAACAACACCAGCAGCCCAGAGCCGGUGAAUGUGAUGGAAGCGAAUCCAGACCAGGUGAAUUUGGUUCGCCACGUCCCACUUGUCUCGCAGCGGGUUAUGUGGAAUACUAUCGGCGUCAGGGCAAACUGAAAUCACAGAGUCCGGACGGAAGGCAAUUUGGCAGGUGCACUGAUUCGCGAAAUUUGUAA